GUGUUCAUUACUUACUGAACCCGUAACACAUCCUCACUGGAACAGGGUGGUAACAGAACCUGGAGCCGCUGUACACGAACCCGUAACACAGCCUCACUGGGACAGGGUGGUAACAGAACCUGAAGCCGCAGUACAAAAACAGCAAAAACUGAUCACACCUCUCACCAAAAUGGGUCAAGGUUCGAGCAGUGGAAGAGCUCCAGUGACGUCAACAUCGAGAAAGGACACGGAGCAGCAAAAACUGAAAACUCCUGUCCACAAAAUGGAUCAAGGUUCAAGCAGUGGAGGAGUUCCAGUGGCGUCAGGAUCGGGAAAGGACACGGAGCAGCAAAAACUGAAAACUCCUGCCCACAAAAUGGAUCAAGGUUCAAGCAGGGGAGGAACUCCAGUGACGUCAACAUCAGGAAAUGACACGGUUCCGAGCACAGCGAUCACCGAGCUCCUGGCAAGCUGGGACGAUUCCCAGCUGCUGCGGUUGACGGACUUCUACCGGGACAGGCUGGAGCAGGCGAUGGAAGGAGGGGUGCACGGAGUGAGCCUGGCGUUAACGGCCGAGAAUCAGUUCAGCGGAGAGGAACAUCGGAAAAUCUCCGAUCUCGCUGAUAAGGGAGAGUGGGCGGACAGUUCUAAACUCCUCCUGAGCCUGGUGAUGGAGAAAGGCUCCCGCGCCCGGAUGGUGAUGUGGGAAACCUUUGUGAAAAUGCGGAUUGGUGUCCCAAAGUUGGACAAAAUACUGAAAGAAAUACAGGAACAUGGUUGUGUUCCGGUCCAUCGACCCGUACUGGAGAUUCCCAGAGAGCUGAAAGAUUCCAAAUCUACGAUCUCAGAUCUCCUGACGCAGUGCGAAGAUUAUCAGCUGCUCCACCUGACUAUUUUCUACCGAGAGAGACUGAAACCUGCAAUUGAAGAACGGGUAGAAGGACUCAGCUGGACGUUGAGACAGGAGGGACAAUUCAGUGAACAGGAACACGAGGAAGUCAAGGAGCUUGCGGAGUGGGGAAACCGGACAGAGAGUUCCAAACUCUUCCUCAGUCUGGUGACGGAGAAAGGCGCAAAGGCCCAGAGAAUGAUGUGGGAAUCCUUUGUGGAAGUGAGGAAGGAGUUACCAAAGUUGGAAAGGAUACUGAAGGAAAUCCAGGAAUUUGGUCCUGAUCCAUAUGAACAUAUGAAUGUCAGCCGAGGCUUUUGUGAGUUAUCUUCGCAACUCAAGGAUGUUCAGCAGAAACACAAGGAGACCCUGCGGGCACAAACUGAAACACUGAGAGUGAACACGACCCUGAUGAGGGAGAAGGUGAAGGUUUUCCAGCUGGUUAAUCGAUACGCUGAGCUCACGGUCAUUUCUACUGUUCGAGAUCGGAGACUGGUGGAACAUGAGCUGCUGGCAAGAGGCAAAGACCAUGAAAAAUGGAGAAAGAAACAUCUCUGUGGAGAGCUGGAAAAAAUCCGGACUGAUCAGUUGUUCCAGAGCAGCUUUUCCCGGAGUAAAACCAAAUCUAGUAGUUCAGCAGCAGUGGCUGGAGUCCCGGGGAUCGGGAAAACAACAAUGGUACAAAAGAUUGUUUAUGACUGGGCAACAGGGAAAAUAUACCAACAGUUCCAGUUUGUCUUCAGUUUCAAAUUCCGGGAUUUAAACUCCAUUAACUGUCGAAUAAACCUGAAGGAACUGAUUCUGGAUCAGUAUCCUUACUUUGGGAAUAUCCUGAGAGAGAUCUGGAAGAACCCAGAGGGAUUGCUGUUUAUAUUCGAUGGUUUAGAUGAAUCCAAAGACAAAAUUGAUUUUGCUGACAGUCGGAGAGAUACAGAACCCAAGCACCAGUGUCCAGAUCCGGAGUGGUGGUGUGAAGUGUCUGACAUUGUGUACAGUUUAAUCCAGGGCAAGCUGCUCCCAGGGUGUUCAGUGCUGGUGACGACCCGCCCCACUGCGUUACAUUUAUUGGAAAAGGCGUAUAUCAGUGUCUGGGCUGAAAUCCUGGGAUUUGUUGGUGAGGAACGGAAGGAAUAUUUCAUCAGACAUUUUGAAGAUCAGACAGUGGCAGAAGCUGUUUUCAAACAUGUGAAGGAGAACGAGAUCCUGUACACCAUGAGCUACAACCCCUCCUACUGCUGGAUCCUUGCUCUGGCACUGGGCCCCUUUUUCACACAAAGAGUCAGGGACCCGCAGCGAGUUCCCAAGACCAUCACUCAACUGUACACCUACUAUAUUUACAACGUCCUGAAAAAUCACGGCCGUGAGAUUGAGAACGCCCGUGAUGUGUUACUCAGGGUUGGUCAGAUGGCCUUCAGAGGGGUGUCGGAGAGGAAGAUUGUGUUUACAGAUGGAGAUUUGAUCAAGUACAAUCUGCAGCCUUCCCAGUUCCUGUCCGGGUUCCUGAUGGAGCUUUUGGAGAGAGAGGAUUCUGCCCGGAGCGUGGUGUACACAUUCCCACACCUCACGAUCCAAGAGUUUGUAGCUGCAGUCGCACAAUUCCUGAAUCCACAUCCCGGGGAUAUCCUGAAAUUCCUCACUGAACUCCACAGCACGACAGAUGGGCGAUUUGAGGUAUUUCUCCGUUUUGUUGCUGGUCUCUCCUACCCAAUGACAGCUCGGGGCCUGGAGGAGUUUCUGGGUCCAUUUCCCAAUGAAACAACCUGCCGGGUGAUUGACUGGGUGAAGGAGGAGAUUCAACGCCAGAGUGGAAACACAGAGAGUGAAGCUGGUAAAAGGAGCCUCCUGAACACAUUGCACUACCUGUUUGAGUCUCAGAAUCGUGGACUGGCUCAGGCUGCUCUGGGAUCAGUGGAAGCACUUUCAUUCAGUGGAAUGACACUGACCCCUAUUGACUGCGCGGUCCUGUCUCAUGUCAUUGGACUCUGUGAUACAAUAAAAAACCUUGACCUGGACAACUGCCGCAUUCAGUCUGAAGGAAUCCAACGGCUGGGACCCGGGCUGCACAAGUGCCAGGAGUUGGGCCUAGGGGAUAAUAAACUUGGAGAUUCAGGCGUGAAACUGGUGUCUGCGGCUCUGAGGAACCCAGAGUGUAAAAUACAGGAACUUUGGCUAAACCGUGUCGGUCUCUCAGAUUCUGGUGCCGAGGAUCUCGCCUCCGCUCUCAGUACGAUCCCUUCACUGAUGGGGCUGCAUCUGAGUUAUAAUAACCUGGGAGAUUCAGGAGUGAAACUGGUGUCUGCGGCUCUGAGCAAUCCGGAGUGUAAAAUACAGAAACUGGAGCUGAACUAUGUCGGUCUCACAGAUUCUGGUACUAAGGAUCUCGUCUCCGCUCUCAGUACGAACAGAUCACUGAUGGAGCUAAACCUGGGAUCAAACUUGCUGACAGACCGAUCUGUCCCCACUGUCCGCCGCCUCAUACAGACCCUCCGGAGUCUGAUGUGGAUCAGGCUGGACUGGAAUCGGUUCAGUGAGACCGGGAUGAAGGAACUGAGAUCUCUGCAGGAACCCAGACCCGGACUGAGAGUGGAUCUGUGGACAUCUGAAUGUGGUGAAUCGGUUCAGUGAGACCGGGAGGAAGGAACUGAGAUCUCUGCUGGAACCCGAACCCCGACUGAAAUUGGAUCUGUGAACAUCCCCGCCGGCGGGAUCGACAUUUUGGCCGAUUAUGCCCGGCCUCACCUUUAAUUUCUGCAAUUACCUUUAAUGAGCACCCGCCAGGUUUAAUUCUAAAUCUAAUUCUAACGUACGUGGCUCCAGUCUCACGCUCUGUGACAUCUGAAGUGUUUCCGUAGUGAUGUAUUUCCGCCUGUCGUCCGGCGUCGCAACAGCCGCCGGAUGUCCGGGUUCAUGACUUCCCUCACGUAAGAACCUGGUAAUUACACAGGCAGGAAGUGUCUGGGGCCCAGGGCUCAAUUUGGGACGUCAGUGUCCCGGGGUGGGAUUAUCCCAGGAGAGAAUCCUUUUGCUCCCUUUGCUGAGGACGGUGCAUUCAGCAGUGUGACCCAUAUAAUAAUGUUAGAUGGACAAAUCCUUCAGCAGAAACCUGCAGCGAUCUCGGAUACGGCCCUGAAGUGCGAUUUCAUCGUCAUCUAUGAUGUUCCCCGAUGCAGAGUGACGGUGAGAAACGGGACUGAUUAUUCAAACUGUCACUCGUUGUCGCCGGUCAGUUAAUUGUGUGUGACUGUGAGUGAGUCGGGAGCAGCUUAUUUAUUCCCGCACGUCAGCAGCUCACACAUUGUUUAAUUUACAUUUGUCAUGAUGAAAUCAAUAAACCACUGUAACUUCC